GGCGUCGAAGCGGUCCUCUCGUAUGUCGGGAGCUGGCACGCAGCGGUAGGUAACAGGAGACAGUCGGAACGCCAAUCGGUAGUGCUGUAGAUGCAUAUGCACUCGCCCGCAGCGUGGCUUGCAGGCCAGCUGCCACGUCUGCAGCGCGCAUCUGCCUGGACGUUUGCCGCUGCAGUUUUUUUUUUUUUGUUUCGGCAGAACAAUGCCGACGGUGCUGGUGACCGAGGACAGCGGCUGCGCGCCGCACCGCUGAACAGGUGGUCUAUCUGAGCGCCAACCCUCCGAUCAUGCUGGUUCCAGCGAGGGCCGGAAGCACCCCACAGUCAUGCAAGUCCCUUGAAGUCCCGUCAUUAUGCAGGUAUUCGGAGGACAGGAUGAUUACGAAGAUCGGAAGCGGCAGUAGCAGCCGGGGCCAUGGAUCCACCGUGUCGUCUUGUGUCCAGUUGUAUGUCUUUGCUUGGUGUACGUGGAUUGACGCCGCGAGGUCUUGCAGAGGGCGAAAUAUGAUCGCAUCAGGCGUGGGGGAUCGAGGAGUGUGGUCGCAAUCGCCCGAGACCGACGGGAACGGGAUGAAUCGAACAAGUUGGCGUUGCGGCGCAUUGGCGUCGUGGUCGGCGUCCUCACCACAGAGAUUGGCUUAUGAUCUGCAGAGGGAGUAUUGCAGGUUCAGGCAGCAGGGAGAGGAAAGGAUUCCAGAACGCGAUUGCUUGCUGACGUGGUGUUCUCUGGGUUCUUCUUGGAAAAACCAGACGUGUUUGAGAGUCAGUCGGGGUGACUCCGAUUUCGCCCCGGAUUACUUCACUCAUAGAGGUUACGAUCCGUUGUACAAUCAACGCAACUUGGACGAGCACUCUCUCAAGGACAAGGACGUCGUGCUGGCGUUCGCUGCCUUCGCGCUGUUGGUCGUCGGAGGUCUCGUCGAGUGGGGCUUCUGGGCCAGAGUCGCCAGCAAGACCUUAUCUUGCCGGGACACUUCCGGUGUGAUACACGUAUGCUGGUUGGCUAUGGUGUGGCUGCCAACAGUUGUCGUUGUGUUGGUGUUCGCCUUGAAGACAAGUGGCACUUGGGGGAUGUACAAUUUGCCACCGCAUUGUUGGAGUGUUGCAGCAGUGAUUUCGACGCUGCCAUUCUUAAGUGCAGCGCACUACAUCAACUGGAAUGCUACGCCUGCGGAUUCUUCCUAGCAGCUUUCUGCAGUCUAAGGAUACACAUCAUGUAUGCUAUGGUCUAUCUUGUCUCCUUUCUUGAUGUACACAGCGUGGGAUGGCUUUUCAGGACAGAUUCAGGGACACUGGGUGUCUCUCACAUUUGUAUAUUUUAUCAAUAUUCCGUAAACCUUAGAUCACACAAUUUUAUAUCAAUAAACAGAUUUUUCACCGUGCCAGCAGCCAUCCAGCCCUCAUUGGGUACAGUCAGUGGCGUGAGGGGACGGAAUGAGUUGGAGGGAGCAAAAGCAGCGGGGUGUGCGCUCCCCUUGGCUGUUACAUGGGUCCUCCAGCUGGGGGUCCUGUAAUCUGGUAUUACCAGCCUUUGAUGAAGACAGGCAAAGGGUUAUACUCACACUAGCUCUAUCUCAAAUGUAUCUAACCGUGUUUAUGGCCGGACAUGAAUGCGUCUGGUCGCAAUACGUCCAUAAACGAGUUUAAAAAAAAGUCCUAUUGUGCCAGUGGGCUCCCUUGGCUGUUAUCACCACCCUUUCAUGAAGACAACCUCAGCGACGCAGAUCCAGCUUUUGUUUUGAAAAAGUGCGGCGACUUUGAGAUACCCUCAUGGAACUGGCCUGCCCGAGGUAAUUCUGAAAUUUCAUUCACCUGGUUCCGUCUGGAUUCGAACUCAGGUCUGCAUUUCAACAGUGAAUGGGUGUACCAACCGAGCUAGGCCCGUGAAUUGAUCCAGAUCCAGCUAAUCGGUCCAGCUAAUCGGUUCACAGCUAAUCGGUCCAGUUAAUUGGUUCAGCUAAUGGGUCCACAUCCAAUCGGUCCACAGCUAAUCGGUCCACAGCUAAUCGGAGUGAGCUAACAUCUUGUCAUGUCAAUGGCUAACCUGUGGCACUGCUCUGGGUUCAGAACAGUCGGAUGUGUUCGUGCACAUGCCUUUGCAGGUGUUAGGCUGGCAUUUCUGCAGUGUUCCAGUAUACGAGCAUACGAGGAUUGUAUACACUAUUUGAGAGGAAAACCAAGACCGAUGUUGCUGCAGUGGCCAGCUCCCUAGUUCAAUCCUUGUUGACAUUCGAUGUGGGCAGAAAUGUGGUUGAUUGCCGCCAUAACUUUUUUUCCUGCCAUGUGAAGCUGGAUUGCUACAUUCUAUGGUGCUGUAUAUAUCAUGAUGCGGGCUACAUGCAGGUGAGUCGUUUGAGUUUUGGAAAUUGAGACGAUCGAUCGGUUUUUGAUCAUGAUCUGGGCUAUACAUGUGGGUGAGUCAUUGAGUUUUGGAAAUUGAGACGACCGAUCGGUUUUUCAUCUUGUUUCUUCAUAUGUAUGCGACGGAUAUUUUGAAAGGUACACAUCACCAGCAUAGGCGGGAAGUCAGCAUGCAUGUCGGUGGAAGGAGCAUGCCAUACAGUGUUUUGCUAUGGAGCUAGGUCAGUGGUGAGGUCUUGUACAAAGGUCUAUCGCUGCAGGAAUGCGAAGCGGCAUUUACUUAUAUUAUGUAUUUGAUGAUUUUAAUAAAGGUUGGCUAUAGCUGGCAGAUAUGGAUUUGUUUAUAAUAGAACAGUCCUUCAUCCAAGGGAUGUGGAUGACACACAUGUACAUGCUUUAUCAAGGCAUGGCUUACGUGUGGCAAUUUGCUAUCGAAACGUUGUGACCAGACUAUUUGUGUAGUCUUGUUGUUGAUCAACUUUUUAAAUGAUUGGAGCCUUGUUUUUGGUUCCGAAUACGGAUUGUGUUUACCCGUGGACUAUGUUUUGUACAUUUGUUUCAUACGCGUAUAACACCCGUACUUUUCAGAAACCUGUUCCUAUAAAUAACGAAUUAGUAAAUUGUGAAUAAAUUA